CAUGACAAUUUGUUCUAAACUACGAGACUCGAGAGUCGUCCACAACGUUACCCGACCAGCGGAUUCCCUCGCUCCGGCGUCGGGAGCAAUCCACUCGCCUUACUUCUCGCGUCGCACGGCGGACAGUUUGGCUGUUGCUUCGCCGUCGACUGUGGGCACGCCGUUUCAUUCUUUUUCCUCCCGUUUAUAUCUGGUUUAGCUUUUGCCAUCUUCCUUGCGUAACGAACAAUCAGAAUGGGAGAACUCGAGGGCAAGCGCGGAACCUCCUCGAGUGAAAAUCGACAGCGCAUCUUCUCACGCCUCAAACCUUACUGCAUAGAGCUCCUUGAACUCACUCGAAACCCUAGGAAGAACUCGUCCUUCCUCGCCGAGAUGGCCGACUUCCUUCGCCGCUCUCCCGCGGCCGGUCUGCAGCCUUGCCUCGAUUAUACUCUGUUCCCUCUCCUGCUUCUGCUGGACGCGGCCGUUCAGUGCAGGUCUGGAAAGAAAGCCAAUUCAAUUGGCGGUGGUGGUCAAGUGAUUAGUGAUUCUGUGGCUGAAGACACGUUGAGAUGCCUCGAGGUGCUUCUAACGAAGUGCCAUUUAGGGUCUGUGAAUCAGAUGGUUAUGGUGCUAAAAAAAUUAACUUCUGGGGCUUUGCUUUCAUCAUCUGAGGCAUGUGAAGAAUUUCGUGAAGGAAUAAUUAAAUGCAUAAAAGCUAUGCUUCUCAGGCUACAGCCUUGCUCCUUUGGAUCUUGCUCUUGCAAGGAAAUUUUUAUUUUUCCCUUGCUGGUCGCCACAUUGGAACACUGUUUACCUAAGUCAUCUUAUUACGAAGAACCAGAAGAAUGCUUGCUAUCAUUUCUUCAAUCUAAGGAUGCUUCUGCUGCUGUAGGCCACUGGCUAUCAUUACUACUCCAGGCUGCUGAGGAAGAAGCUGCUAGAGGGCAUCGUGGAAGUGCAACUCUUCGGAAAGAGGCUUUUCUUACCCUUCGUGUGCUUGUUGCAAAGGUUGGAACUGCUGAUGCACUUGGUUUUUUUCUUCCGGGUAUGGUUAGUCGCUUCACAAAAUCUUUGCUUGUGACGAAGAAUAUGAUAAGUGGAGCUGCAGGAAAUGCUGGGAGCAUUGAACAUGCAAUUCUUGGGUUAUCUGAGUUCUUGAUAGUAGUUUUAAGGGAUGAUGUAAAUCUUAGUGGAUUGCAGAUGUCCGCCAGCGAGAUUACAUGCAGUUAUCAGAACAAGAAUGAAUCAACCCAAACAGUCCUAGAUGCGAUCCGUCAAUUGCCUGCCAAUCUUCAUUAUCAAUCUGAAAAUUCCAUGAGUCAAUCAAUACAGACUCCAAAAAAAGAUGAGAGUAAGGUGAAAAUUCCUGAUACUUUUUCUGGAGCAAGGUCAUUGUAUGUGCAACGGACAAAGGAUUGGGUAGAUCAAACUUCUACUCAUGUUGAUAAGUUAUUGUCUGCCACCUUUCCGCAUCUUUGUGUUCACCCUGCUGAGAAGGUUAGGAAAGCACUUGUUGAUGGUACAAUGGGCCUAUUGUCAAACUGCACUUUUACUCUGCGGAGGAGUAGAUUAAUGCUUUUAGAGUGUUUGUGUGUUCUUGUUUGUGAUGAUUCGGAUGUUGUGUCUAGUGCGGCCGAAGAUUCCCUCAAUUCUCUCUUCAUUUCUGGCAAGAAAAUUUUAAGAGAAAUUGACUUUUCUGAAUUAUUUACGAGCUUAUUAGAAAGACUUCCAAAAAUGGUUCUAAGAAGUGAAGAAGUAGCUGCACUCUCACAUGCACGGAGAUUGCUUGCAUUAAUGUAUUAUGCAGGCCCAGAGCUUGUAGUUGACCACAUUUUCUGCUCACCUAUGAAGGCAGCUCGUUUCCUGGAUUUUUUUAUGCUUUCUUUUGGACACAAUUCACAGUUCGGUGGCUCCAUUGAUAGGCUAAUUUCAUCUAAACCACUCUCAGUUGGUUACCUACUCUCAGUUGCUGAGCUGAAGGCUAGCUCUCUUUCUAGAGAUGCAAGCUAUGUUAUUAAUGGUGAUGUUUUGCCACUUGUCUCUGAGUUGUCCAUGGGAAGUCUUUCAGAGAACAUGCCCAGUGAGUAUGAGUUUCCUCGCAUGCCUCCUUGGUUCUUAAAUGUUGGGAGUCAGAAAUUGUACCUGGCUCUUGCCGGAAUUCUUAGACUCGCUGGUCUAUCAGUAAUGACAGGGAACCGAAGCGACAUUUCUUUGUUGGGCCUCAUUGAUAAUCUUUUGGAACAUGUGAGAAAACUCAUUUCUGAAGUCAGAAUGAAAGGAUAUAACAAAGAGGGUUGGCAAUCUUGGUAUUCCCAAUGCAGUUCAGGACAGCUUCUCCGCCAAACAAGUACUGCAGUUUGUGUGUUAAAUGAAAUAAUAUAUGGAUUGGCCGAUCAUUCAGUUAGUUCAUGUUUGAAAUUAUUUAAAACUGAGAAAACUGUUGAAGAAGCACUGAGAAAGGAAUUUGUUUGUGAUAGACUUUCUACUUCCAGAUGGUCAUCCUGGAAAGUUCAUCAAGGGAAGGAUGCCAGAGAACACAUAAUUCAUUGUGUUGGGAGUAUUCUGCAUGAGUAUACGUCAUCUGAAGUAUGGGAACUCCCUACAGAUCCAACUUCUUCUCAGCUAGAACAUGACUCAGAAACAAAUUUGUCUUUGUAUGUUUUCAGGGAUUCUAGAAUGCUCCACCAGGUAAUCAUUGAAGGAAUAGGCAUCUUUAGUAAGGUUAUUGGGAAAGAUUUUAUAAGCAGUGGUUUCAUGCACUCAACCUUGUAUUUAUUGCUUAAAAAUCUUAUUUGCUCCAAUGUCCUGAUCAGAAGUGUAUCCGAUGCUGCAUUGCAUGUUCUUUCGGCUAGUACUGGCUAUUCUACUGUAGGGCAUUUAGUUGUAGCAAAUGCAGAUUAUAUUAUUGACUCCUUGUGUCGACAAUUACGUCAUUUGGAUCUCAACCCUCAUGUUCCUAAUGUGCUAGCUGCAAUGCUCUCCUAUGUUGGAGCUGCUGAUGAAAUUUUACCACUAUUAGAGGAGCCGAUGCGAGCUGUUUCAUUAGAGUUGGAGAUCCUUGGUAGACAUCAGCAUCCCCAUCUAACUGUUCCAUUUUUAAAGGCAGUGAAUGAGAUUUCAAAGGCUUCAAGAUUUGAGUCUUGUAGGUUGCCUGGUGUAGCUGAAUCAUUUAAUGCACAUGUCAUGGUGAAUGUUUCUUCUGCUCAAGAUAUGGUAGAAAAUACUUCGAUGUCUAUGCCAGAAAAUGGUAAUUUCAUGGGCAUUCAGCUUCAGUUAGAACACUUAGAAGAACUACUAUUCAAGCUGAAUGAUAUGAGAAGAUAUCGAAGGACAAUUGGAUCUCUUGCAUCCUCAUGCUUAAAAGCCGCAACUCCUUUGGUUUCUUCACAGGAGGAAUCAACUUGUCUGGCUGCCCUCAACAUUUUGGAGGAUACUACUAUGUGUCUUGCAAAGGUUGAGGAAGCUUACAGGCAUGAGAAAAAAAGCAAAUCUACAAUAGGGAGAGCUAUUCAGUUAUGUUCUUUCAAUGAACUUGAAGAUGAGAUUGAUGCCGAAGAUGAAGAUGUUGAUGAAAACAGAUUGCUACCUGCAAUGAACAAAAUCUGGCCUUAUCUGAUUAUCUGCCUGAAGAAUAGAAUUUCAGUGGCAGUCAUCAGAAGAUGUGCAGGUGUACUGACCAAAACGGUCCAGAUAGCUGGUGGAGAUUUCUUUGCUCGCCGAUUCCAUACCGAUGGACCUAUCAUCUGGAAACUGUUAAACUCAUCUCCUUUUCAAAGAAGACCUUCGCCAUCGAAGAAUUCUCAGCCAUUACUCCUCCCAUAUCGAAGCAGCUCUCUGACAUCCGAACAUCCAAUGGCUGAGACUUCCACCAUGAAAAUUCAGUCGGCGAUCUUAAACAUGAUUGCCGAAAUUGCUUCAAAUAAAAGGAGUGCUCCAGCAUUACAAACAGUAUUUAAUAAGGUGAGUGGUUUGGUUGUGGGAAUUGCCUGUAGCAAUGUAACAGGUCUGAGAGAUGAAUCCAUAAAGGCACUUUCAGGACUUGCCAGUAUUAAUCCUGACCCAAUUUGGCUUUUAAUGGCUGAUGUUUACUACUCACUUAUGGAUAAGGACCUGCCCCAACCACCAAGUCCAGAUUUGGCCAAUAUUCGGCAGCUUCUGCCUCCUCCAUUGUCUUCGAAGGAGUAUCUGUAUGUGCAGUAUGGUGGAGAGACUUUUGGUUUUGAUGUUGAUCCCAUUUCUGUGGAGAGAGUAUUUCAGAAGUUGAGUUCUGAAGUUUUUAACUGAAAUUGUACAGUGUAUAUAUGUGAUGUAUCCCAAUCAGGCUGUUUAUGUGAGUCCAAUGCUUGUAUGUACAAACAAGGUGGCUGACACUUGGAUCUGUAAUUCAAUAUGUUAAAAUAUUGAGAGAGAGAGAGAGAGAGAGAGAGAGAGAGAGAGAGAUGUAUAAAAAGAGGGUUUAAUGGUAUUUAACAUAAGUGAUA